GUUUCCUGUUUCUAACACAUGUAUUUAUAUAUUCGAAUUAACCUGUGAAAUGCGUAAUAUUUAUAUUCUUUUAAUAUGGUGGCAUGUAUUAUAUGUGCAUUUCGAAUUUAAAUAUGUAGAGGCAUUUUCAUUACGGAAAAAUGAUUUGGUUGGAGAGAAAGAGUACAAUGAAGAUUUAGACGUUGCUAAAACUGGGUUGCUAAAAAUGUGCAAAAGUUGCAAAUCUGUAAAAUGUGUGCCCCAAAUUCAAUGUCCUGCACAUGUACGAAUGGCAGACCAUGAGAAGCCACAAAUUUGUGAUCUGCCCGCCGGUAAGUUUGGUUAUUGCUGCAAAACAGGCCAAAACCACACAGCGGGACAAAAUAAAGCACGCCGAGCAGCUUUUCAAACGAUCCUACCACCUGACGUGAUUGAAGAUGCAAGAAAAAAUUUUAAGCAUCUUAUGCAUGGGGUGGCUCAAAUGCCAGUGAAUCGUGGGCAUCCUGAGUUUACUCAUGGUAUUAUGUUUCACUCGUCACCCAAAGACGAUUUGCACAAUUUUGCAUUGUCGAAUAGCGCGUUCGAAUUGGUGAUUGCCAGUCAGGUGUUUCGCAAGAAAGAGCAGGUGCCGUUAGACGAUCUUAUCACUAACAAUGUGCAAGUUGAAUUUUCAAAGACACCAUUAGCUCAGAAUUGCCAAUCAUUGCCCAUUUGUAGAGGCAUACACAAAUAUCGAACUAUGGAUGGCACAUGCAACAAUCCGUUGUCGCAACGCUUGCAUUGGGGUGCUGCUGGUCAGCCAAUGGAGCGCCUGCUUCCACCUGCCUAUGAAGAUGGGAUUUGGACUCCCCGUGCACACUCAAAGGAUGGAACACCUUUGUUAAGCGCCCGUGACAUCUCGAGCGCUCUAUUUGCGGAUGUUCAUCGACCUCAUCCAAAGUAUAACCUGUUGAUCAUGCAGUUCGCCCAACUAUUGGCACACGACGUUUCUCAAUCGGCGUCGGUACGUCUCGAUGAAAGCGGGGGCUUAGUGCAAUGCUGUUCGCCAGGCGGCAGAAGCAUUUUGCCACCAGAAAAAUCACACUUUGCCUGUCUGCCCAUACCUGUAUCUGAAAACGAUGAGUUUUAUAGAGCUUUUGGGGUGAGAUGUUUGAACAUGGUGAGACUAUCGUUGGUACCCAGUGCCGACUGUCAGUUGAGCUAUGGAAAGCAACGCAACAAAGUAACACACUACUUGGAUGCUUCUCCAAUAUAUGGGUCAAAUGAGGAGUCGGCUCGAGACUUGCGAACUUUCCGUGGCGGCCAACUGCAAAUGUUUAAUGAUUUUGGUCGUAACUUGCUGCCCUUAACGCAUGAUAAAAAUGCUUGUGGCAGCGAGGAACCGGGUAGUACGUGUUUUAAGUCGGGUGAUGGGCGCACAAAUCAAAUUAUCUCUCUUAUAACUUUACACAUUGUUUUUGCACGGGAGCAUAACCGUAUUGCCGACAUCUUAUCUAAAUUGAAUCCGUCUUCAAGUGAUGAAUGGCUCUAUCAGGAGGCUCGACGUAUUGUGAUUGCUGAGCUGCAGCAUAUUACUUAUAAUGAAUUCCUCCCGGCACUAAUUGGUCCACACCAAAUGAAGCGAUUCCGUUUAAUGCCUCACCAAAAAGGAUACUCAACUGACUAUAACAUUGAUGUGAAUCCCGCUAUUACUAAUGAAUUCUCGGGAGCUGCCUUCCGAAUGGGUCAUUCUAGUGUUGUUGGCAAGUUUCAUAUACAUGAUGAAGUUAUAAAUAUUCCUGAUGUUAUGUUUAAUCCUUCGCGCAUGCGCAAACGUGAGUUCUACGACGAUAUGCUGCAAACACUUUAUACACAGCCGAUGCAAGAAGUCGACAGUUCUAUUACACAUGGUCUAAGUAGAUUUCUGUUCCGUGGUCACAGUCCGUUUGGCUUGGACUUAGCAGCAAUUAACAUUCAACGCGGUCGUGACCAAGGCAUACGCUGCUACAACGAUUACCUCCAAGUGAUGGGAGCACCAAAACUGAACAAUUUUGAUCAGUUUCCAAAGGAUAUUGGAGCAAAGCUGUCGCGGGUCUAUAGAACGCCUGAUGACAUUGAUUUAUGGGUCGGCGGCCUAUUAGAACGAGCGGUUGAGGAUGGAAUUGUUGGCAUUACUUUUGCCGAAAUAAUUGCCGAUCAGUUUGCACGCUUUAAGCAAGGAGAUCGGUAUUUUUACGAAUAUAAUGAUAAGGUAAAUCCAGGAGCGUUUAAUCUAGCUCAACUACAGGAACUGCGUAAGGCGAGUAUUAGUCGUUUAAUAUGCGAUAAUGCCGAUCACUUGACUUUACAUUCUGUGCCCGUUGCCGGAUUCGUACGCGCUGACUUUCCUGGAAAUCGGCAAGUACGUUGCGAUGAUCCGAAUCUUCCCUCAGUUAAUCUAAAUGCAUGGCGUUUGUAAAAAAUGAAUUUUAAUUAUUUAUUUUUGUUUAUUAUGGGAUUAAAUUAUAAAAAAAAUAUACAUGUUCCUGCCUCAUCUACACUAAUAUGGCUUUAUUGUAGAGAUUGUAAGUGUAAAUUAAAAAGGGGGCAUUUGUCAAGGCAGCUCUUAAAACCAAAUAUACAAUUUUUA